AUGACAGGGAGAUCUGUAGAUAGUAUUUGUGCAUCUCUCGCUCAAAAUUCGCAGGAAUCAAGGAAAAGAAAAGCUGACCAGGGCGAAGAUGCUGAUGACGUAGUGGCUGACGAGGCUUCUCCAGAAAAGCUAGAUUCAGAUGAUGACUUUGUGGAUCCGGGACUCAGUGAAGGUACUGCUUCUGAUGCUGACAUGAGUGACAGUUCUGAUGAAGUCGAAGCUUGUAAGGAGCCUCAAGGUCUAGGAUUAGGGACUUCAAAGUCCACCUAUCUUCCAUCUGUUGUGGAGAGAACUAUUAUGGAUAAGCCAAAAUCGAAGAGUAAGACUCGCAACAAGCUGUCACCAUUGCUGGACUUGCUUGAUGUUGCACCUGUGGUAACUACAAAUUUUUGUUCUACAGGAGGCACACCAUAUCUGUCGUACAAUCCCGAGAUAUGGAAUCCGUUGUUUUUAUAUCGUCUCCCUGCUGAUAUAACAUUGGGUGCAGUGCGUGAUUGUGGUACCGAAGGCUUGGGACGUGCAGAGAUUGGGAAGAAAAUGGGCAUGGACACAUCUACAAAAGCUGGCAACCGUCGAGUAUCUUCUUACAUCUUAACCGUUUGUAAUGAACACCCGGAUCAUGUCGGACAGUUUCAAAAAAUGGAGGGAAAGGUCAGGUGCAUCAAGUAUUUCUGGAAGGCGGAAAGUCAGCCGGAGCAGUUCAGGAAGCUGUUUGAAGAUUUCGAAAGAUUAUCCGGAGUUCCUUGUCCAUUCAAACUUGGGCAGGUUGUGAAAUUUCCUAAUUGCAAUCUUAGCACUCUACGCAUGUCUGACGUAACAUUACGUCGUCUCAACGAUAUUUUGGAGCUCAUUGCAAACAAACGAGUUGUAGUUACUUUUCAUAAGAUCUCGAGAUACAUCAGUGAGAAGGAGGCGUCUAACGGAUACGAUUUUACGAUCGAUAAGAAAUCACUUGUGAAAUGUCUCAAGGCACUCGAAGGAGUUCAUCUCAUACGCAUUUUUGAUACACUGGUAGUAGCCGAAAGUGUUGAAAACAAGGUACAAAUUGUGUGUCAUAGUGGCAUUUGCUCUGCAGACGAUCCGGAAGUGUUGCGAGCUGUGCAAGCAACCAUUGACGAGUACCACGCAGAAGGACGUGUGUUCCCUCAUGGUCAGUUAAGAUUUUCCAUUAAAAAAAGAGCUGAACUGGAGUUGGAGAAGAAUUCAUCCUCUGUGGACCCAUUAACGGAAAUCAACAGGGUACCAUAUAACACAUUCCUAAUCCUGCUCUUUUUGACAUCUCGUUCGACGGUACUAUCCUCGAAAAGAGCUGAAGUUCGUGUUGUAUCCGAUAGGACGGAAGCCAAGGAGAACAACAUUAAUGAUGACUCUUUUUUCUCUGAUGGAGAAGAUCUAAUUGGUGAUGGGGAUAGGGAAUCACUGCCGAAAACACACGAACUCACCUUGGAAAGCUCGAUGGAACUUGUUGAACUUAUACGGGCUUCCCUGCCAGAGGAGCCGUCCACGGGGCGGGCAAACUCUGAGUCUUCUGCUGAAUAUGGAUAUCAAACAAAAGCUAUUCGUUGCUUCGUUCUGCAUGAAAUUGCUUUUUCCAUGGUACACGGUCACAAAGAUGGUGUGAAACCGACAUCCUUCGAUUUAUUUCCACCAGGCGAGAACUUCUACUCAUUACCAGUUCGUUCUGUGGAUGAGUUAACUGUUUUCGUGGACGAGGAAUCACCACUGCGUUUUCUGCCUCCUUUGCCAAGUUUUAACGAUACUGCAAGGGGAUGGUUCAUGCUGCAGGAUCUCCUCAUUUCUCUUCCUCUGUCAGCAUUAGUGUUAAUAGCCCAUAUCAGUAGGAAAGUUGAUAAAGACCUGAUGUUGUCAUAUCUCACCGAUCCCAUCAAACGACAUAUCCCUGUUGGAUGCCUUCCCAAUGCUAUACGGAUACCUAUCAUGAAGGACCAGAAACUUGUCCGUCAAGUUGAGCACGUUUUACUCACGCUUUGUGCGUUGGGCUUGAUGGCCAUAGCCCCUAACCCGGACCCAAAGUGCUUCUCAACUGCUCGUGCUUCUGUGUUCUAUGUCAGCAAAAAGGGUGUAUUGUACGAUACGAGUACAAGCGGCAGAGGGUACGCUUCUGUUACCUUGCCUAUCUCUAACUACGACAAGUACAAUUACGAGUUCGACUCUGUUGAUGACGUAGUCCUCUACUGGCAUCACCUUCGUGCGAUCGUUCAGUCGACCCCUCUUUCAUUUCGUAAUGACGUGAAUUCUGAAGAAAUCAGUCAAGCACGUCACAAGAAGUACAGCGUGGGACAAUUUGAGAAAGCUCUUGUCACUGUAGAUCCAGCAGAAGAGAUUGAUGAACUGAUUCCGUUAAGACCACAUGAAGGGUGCGCAGGAUUUGACUCCGCUCUUUACAUCCAUUUGAAACGCCACUGGGAUGUAGAUCCGAGGCAAAAUUCUUAUGUGUGCUGGUUCAUUGCGCGGUUCCGGAGACAGUCAGAUAAAAUCCGAAAAGUCGUCGAGUCGAGGGUUGCAAAUUUGAAAAAAGACUGGAAUAGUUACAUGAAAAGCCUGAUGCCCAGUGAGAUGGAACUUACGAAGUCGAAGAAACUCAAGAAUGCUGGUGUACCAGAAAGUCUAUACACGGCUACUCGCGGCACACUGUCAAUUGAUCCGAUAAAAAAGAGACCACCGGUGAAGAAACAGGGGGCUAAAAAGAAGCGACCUUUGGACAGCGUUGACAUCAUCAGUGAACAGAAUCGCCUUCAUCUUCGGAGUCGAUUUAAUUCUCGGGAGAGGGAUAUGCUUAUUAUGAUUCGAGCAGUCGGAUUCUUCCUGAACCCAGUAUACCGAUUCUGGCUUGAUCCUGCUGUGGUUAGGGAUAUAAUGCAUGAAUACAUACCUGAAUCUCGUAGUAAAACUGUCCAGUCUCUUAUGGCAGCUGGCGUUCGUGAAAUGGUUCGCCCUUCGCAGUUGGCUUAUUUGCAGAGGAUCGUGAGGAAUCUUUCCACAUUCCAGGAGAUGAGGGAUUUACGAUUCCAAAUGGCAUCAGAACCUUUGUCAACAUCUGAAUCAAAAACUACCUUCUUUAGAAAUGCUUUUGACGUAGCUAAUCGUCUUCUGUUUAUUGAACACCAAGCUUUGCCAGUAGCAGCCACCUCGAACAAACAAUUUGAAGCAUUCCUAAAAUCUAGUCGUAUGGUGAUUUCGUCCGAACAGUCCAUUGCAAGUCCAAUUCCGUUACGAUCACAAACUCCUACAUCGCUUGAUCAUAUUCAUCACUGCGUCGCAGUAAAUAUUUUGUUGUCCAUUCUCAUCCACUCCACUGACGGCGCAUUCUCCGAGUCAAUACUGGACCAAAUAUCUGCUGCUGUUAUUUCAAACGCCCUUCAGGUCUUACGAUCUGACGGACUGGUUUCGAGAUCUAGAGCUUUGGAUCCACAGCUGAUGGUAAUUACAAAGAAUCAAGCUAUAUUGUCAUAUUACUUCCGUCAUUUCUUUUCACAUCGAUUCCACCCGGAUAUUGUUGAGCAAACUAUGUCUGUAUUCAAUGCUUUGGAUGACAGCGUAGAAGGAAACGAGGAGCUGCAAGGAGACCUCGCCGGUGCACUUGUCGCCGCUUCUUCAUCUUUCUGUAACAAGAGCUAUCUCGAAUUGUUAGUGGACGAUGAUGUUUUCUCUAUGUUCGAUCAAGCUGUCCUUGACCAAGGCGCACAGUCUAUCAAGCAGAUACGAUAUCUGGAAAAUGCAGACCUGCACCUGGAGCAAAUUCACGUAUAUGCUGGAUGCGGGCCUGACCUACCCACUCUCCCUACAUGGCAGUCCUUAUUGGCGACAAUUGACUGGUCUCAACCGGCUGAGAAGCACCCUCCUGCGCCUUUCGAGGAGUGGUUGUUGGAUACGGCAGUCUCGGAAAGAAUGAAUCUGAGAUCUGUAUAUAAGCCCAUCUCUUCAGCUGGAGCCUUUGGUGCUACUUUGGAGGAUAUCAAGUGUUCCACUGAUCUGACGUCUGAAUCCAUUAAAGAAGCUUUAACCGGGUUGUGUAAUGCUUGCCAGAUAAUUCCCGUAGGAGUAGAUACAUAUCGGUGGAUAGCUGCGGAGUAUGCGUCUGCUUGGUGUGUGAAAGUUGCUGGAAAAUUAGUCUGUCCACGCCCUUGGACAAUGCCUACAGGAGAACUAUGCCCAGCAACCGUACGGUGGAUGAGCGAAAGCGUUUUGAUGACUAUUAUAUCUUCGCCGGCGAUUACAUUGAAAGAAGUCUGCACCCGCCUUGAGUUUGCCGUGCAGUCAGUAGCCGUUCAUGAUUUGGUCAACGUUUUGGUAGGUGCUGGAUGUGUGAAAAAGGUGGAGGAGGAUUUUGAGGACAUGAAGUUGUCAUCACCAUUCCAAAAAGAAUAUUCGCAACGCCCUGUCACCUACCUUUUACCACUCGCUGAUUGCUUGGAAACAUUUGCAAGAAUUUUCGGUGGUAUUUCUUUGCUACCUGCAAUGACUGGACGAAGUGAAACGGACAAAGAGGAAGAACCUAAAGAAGCUGCAAGAAAUAAUAACGAACCUAAAGAAAUGAGAGCCACAAUUUCUAGUGUUUAA